AUGCGUACUAUUCCUGAGGUGGAUAUAUUACAUCCACUUUUUACCAUUGCACCAACUUGCACUUCAUCCCUUCUUGAUGAUUUUGGUCAACCUAACACAUCCAAUGUUCCCCGAAGGGAAUUGGAUAAUUUUCAUAGUCAUAACCUUGGGUUUACCGAUUUUCGUCGUAACUCUUCUCGCGGGAUAACCGGCCAGAAUCCUGGGCCAAGUAGCGGAUUUAAUGCGCCAGUCGCUUCUAAUCCUGGCACUGAUACUUAUUAUGGUGCUACGAUACCAAAUAAUUAUUAUAGAAACAAUAAUUAA